CUCAUAUCAUCAUCAUCAUCCUCAUCCUUAUUCUCCCCAUCACAAAGAUGGAUAUUAAGGUGAAAGAGAGGACACUGGUGAAGCCAGCGGAGAAAACACCUCGGCGGUCACUAUGGCUAUCGGACUUGGACCUCUUAUACGACGAGGGAAGAUCUGCCUGCCUCUACUUUUACAAGAACUGCUCUAACGUAGUCGAUGAUGGAGCUGGAGCCUCCAAGUUUUUCGACUCAACUCUUCUCAAGGAAGCUCUUGCUAAAGUUCUUGUCCCUUAUUAUCCGGUAGCAGGCCGCCUCAGGCGCCGCCAUGACGACGGCCGUCUCGAGAUCGACUGCAACGACGAGGGAGUUCUGUUCAUUGUGGCGGAGGCAAAUGUAGUCAUCGACGAUCUCGGAGACUUCUCCACCUCCCCUGAGCUCCCUAAGCUCACUCCUCCGUCCUCUGACUACUCGGCCGGCAUAUCUUCAUUCCCCUUGUUGGUGUUGCAGGUUACUUAUUUUAAAUGUGGGGGAGUAUCUAUUAGUGUUGGAGGAGAACAUAUUGUAUUUGAUGGAAACUCAGCUUUUAGUUUUAUGAAUGCAUGGUCUGAAAUAGCUCGAGGCCAGUUAAACCUUUCCGUUCGGCCAGUUUUAGAUAGGACAUUACUCAGUCACCGAGACCCACCUCAAAUAAUGUUCGACCACACCAACUCGUACAAACUCAGCACUACUACUCAUAAUGAUCCAACCAUAAGAUCUUCUGACCAAACCACCACCAAAUGUGAAGACUACAACUCUAACUUCAAGGCCAUUCUUGUUAAAAUAACUAGGGCUCAACUCAACAACCUGAAAUCCAAGGCAAAAGAAGAAGGUAACACAGUCAACUAUAGUGCAUUUGCCAUAUUGGCUGGCCUUAUUUGGAAAUGCAUGUGCAUAGCACGUGCACUUCCUGUUGAUCAAGAGACUAAGUUAUUUCUCUCUGCCAACGGACGAUCAAGAUUGCACCCCCCACUUUCCUCUGAAUACUUUGGCAAUGCGGUUAUCCACACCACUGUAGUGGCUGUGGCUGGUGAUGUUCAAUCCAAGCCAUUAUGGUAUGGAGUGAAUCUUAUUUAUGAGAAUUUGAAAAGAAUAGACAAUGAGUACAUAAGAUCUGCUUUAGACUUUUUGACUGUUCACCCUAAUUCAAAGUGGAUUCCAUGUGAUGAGUGUAGAGGUUCUAAUCUGGGGAUCUAUAGUUGGGCCAACUUUUCGACUAGUAAUGCUGAUUUUGGGUGGGGUCAGCCCUUUCAUAUGGGACAUUGUGGGAUUUUACGUAAUGAGGGAAGAGUUUGGAUUCUUGAUGAUGGUGUUGGUGGGAACUUGAGUGUUCUUAUAUCUUUGGUGCCUGAGCACGUGGAAGUGUUUCAAAAGGUGUUUUAUCAAUCUAUUGAAACUUCUUAGUAUAAUGAGUGUGUUAUUUGUAGUGAGGAAUAUUAUUUAUACUCAUUUGAUUGGAAUGUUUUCGAGCUUUUGUUGUGCAUUUUAAUAUUAUUACAAUUUGGACA